AAUAGAGCUACAUGUACUAUGAUAACUGAGUUGAAAUAAAGUGUGUGUAUGUAUGUGCAUGCUGGUUUUGGUAUUUGCUGAUGUCAGUGGUUUUAUAGAUGGCAUAGGUAUACCCUGCUGUUGGUGUUGCUGAUGUUAGUGGUUUAUAGAUGGUGUAGGUACACUCUAGUGUUGGUGUCACUCAUGUUAGUGAUUGUAUAGAUGGUGUAGGUAUACCCUGCUGUUGGUGUGUCUGAUUUUAGUUGAUGUUUUAAGGUACAUCUUGGUCUUUGUGUUGCUGAUGGUAAUUGUUUAUCAUGAGGUACUGGAAGAAAGCACUUGGUUAUGGGACAUUGUCUAACUAGAUUUGAAAAAAUAUUCUGUCCUACUUAUUUUACAUUAUUAUUUAUGAUUGGACUUUGUGACUAAGCACCUAAAAGAGUAAGAUUUUUGUCACUAAGAUUGUGUAUCAAGACCAUGUUUCCUGUGACAUACUUAAGAAAUCGUAAAUUAUGUGGAUCUGCGUUUUAUUUUGCUUUAAUAGCUUCGACGUCCAGGCUUGCAGAAAAGUUUACAUCACAAUUUGCUGUGGAAAUUUCCCCAUAAAUUGUGCUGUUAAACGCAUUUAUUAAUCCAGGCAUGUGUAUGGAUAGAGCUACCAGAUUAUCUGUAUCUCUAUACAAUCUGUUCGACCUAAAUAGAGAAUUAAAGUCAUAUGUCCCGCAGUGCAAUUAAAAUUACUUGAAGCCGGGUUGGUGGCAGAGAUAGUAAAGUUAUACCCUGUUGUAGCAAGUUGAUGUUGUUUGUAGUCGUGAUUCAGGUAGUUCUGGUGGUGUAGAUGAUAGUUGUGUUAGAGUGAUACUUCUGCUUGUUUUAGUGAAGGUGAAAGUAGGGUGCAGUCAGGCAUUGCUAGUGCAAAUGUUACUGGUGGUGGUGUUUGGUUCCCGUCUUUCACUUUACACUUUGGUUGUUUAUUACAUUAUUUUCAGCUUUAUUGUUGUGGGAUGAAUGGCAACUUUUAAGGUAUAUUGCCCAGGAGUUCAGCUCAAAACAAUAGACUCUGUCUCCCUAAUAGGCUGUUUUUAUAUGCACAUGUAACUAAAUAUGUCUCAUACUUAAUGAGUGUUAUUCUUUUCAGAAGUAAGUGGCCACUGUACAUGUACUCCUGGAACACUUAUAUUCCUUUAUGAUUGUUCAGGGAACAUCAGCUGAGGAAUAUCAAAAGUCACCUCCCCUUUAUAGAGACAGUUCUAACUAGUGGUAGCAGAAAUUCCACAAUAGGACAAAUCACCACUCGAUCUGAGACGGUUUUAUUUCUUGAUGAUUGAAAACUUCUAAGAAAACAUUUCACAGACGGGUUAUUGGGCGCCCAUCUAUGGCGGCUGCUCCAUCACCAUUCGCGUCCUCCAAAGAGACGACUAAUUAUGCCAGGCUGUGUCGUCUGUUGGUGGACUUAGGAUCCAAGGCGCUGAGAGACACAUUUGAUAAAGUACAUCCUCCAUCGACUCUCCAUGGAGUGUUAUCAAGACAUAAACCUACACUGCAUGCACUUUAUACUGGUUCUGUUGGAAAGAAGAAAGUGAAGAAAGUGCUUAAUCCUACACAAUGGGGAAAGCUGUAUCCUGUUCAUUCACCUGUGACAUCAGCAAGCUUUGAUAUCACACUUCUAACGGUGCUGCUUAGAAAUAUUUGUGGUUUCGGUGCUCCAACCAAAGGUUGGGAUAACCUUCCCCCAUCAACAGACACAAGUACCGCAGAUGACAUCGCCCGAGUGAAGUAUUACAGGAACACUGUGUACGGCCAUGCCAAUCAAGCCUCUGUUGAUGAUGCAAGUUUCAAUGCUUACUGGCAGGAAAUCCGUGAAGCCCUGGUAAGAUUGGGAGGAACAAGCUUUAGAGGAUACAUCGACAAUCUUGAGCAGGAUACCAUGGAUCCUGAUAUGGAGGAACAUUUUCGUGAACUCAUGAAACAAUGGAAGAAAGAUGAUGACAGCAUCAAGGAGAAACUUGAAGAGAUAGAAGAAAGCUUCAGGGACGAAUUAGAGCAGAUGAAAAGUGAAAUAGAAAGCGAUAUCAGGGGUGAAAUGAAAGAAAUGAAGGAAAGACUGGACACCUUGACUGCCUCAUUGGAAGAGAACAAAGAUGAAGGUCAGUUAGUGUGAAGAAGAGACUUACAAAGAUAUAACCAUUAGUUUACAAUUCUCCCAGAGAGGUUACGCUUUCAGUUGGAUAUGUCUGCAACCUGCUCUCUAAUCUGGCGAGCUUAAACAUUAUUUUGACCGAGC